GUCAUACCCAAAAGUUGCGCAUUCAGUUAGUUCAGUUAGCAGCGAUAAGUCGACAUAAUUGGAGCUCCUAGAAUCCGUUGAUUGGCAAAUUAAAUUAACCCAAGAUGCCACCACCACACGAUCAUUGUGGAGGACCACCACCACAUCGCCGUGGUCCCGUUAUUAAGGUGCAGAUCGCACCACCAUGGCCGCGUCGCCACCACCGCCCACCAACGCAAGUUGUGGUGGUGCAGCAGCCACCGCCACCCCCACCGCCAGUUAUGGUGGUGCAGCAGGCGCCACCACCGCCCUACUACCAGUAUCCACCACCACCGCCUCCCGGUGGCAGCCACUAUCACAACCCGCAAUAUUGAGAAGGAACCUGGGGAUCUGAAAAUCAGCCAUGAUGAAUUUAUUUUAGAUAGCAUUAGUAAACUAGUAAUAUCACCAAUAAAGUAUUUGCAGGUGCGGUCAAAAUAUUAGUAGUGUUUUAGUUUAUGAACAAGAUAUAAAAAAACAGUUUAA